AUGUUGAUCGACACGGGCGCGGAGAUCACAUUCAUCACUGCUUCUCUCGUGCAGCAACUCAAGCUUCACCGGGAAGCAUCGGUAAUACCGAUCAUCGGGAUCGGCGGGACGCAUUCGGGCCACACGCGCGGGGUGGUUUGUGUAAAGCUUCGGUCUAUGCACUCAUCGGACAUUGUCUCAAUAAAAGCGCACAUUUUGUCAAAGUUAAUGCCUACUCUCCCUUCAUUUACACCUCCGAACAUCUCACUUUCUCAUCUGCAAGGUCUUCCACUUGCAGACCCGGAAUUUCUCUCACCAGGGUCCAUCGAUUUAAUUCUUGGGGCUGAUAUCUAUGGGCAACUCAUUCGGGAGCAGAUCAAGCGGGGGCCUCACGGCACACCGAUUGCACAGAAUACGGUUUUCGGGUGGAUCGUUCUCGGUCCUACGGACUCUUCUAAACAGUCAGCCGGGUUGGUCCAUCACGCUGCAGUGGAUCACGGGUAUCAGGAGCUUCAGGAUCUCCUCACACAGUUUUGGAUACAGGAAGAAGUCUCGGGCUCGGGCGAAUCGCACCUCACUCCUGACGAGCAGGAAUGUGAGACUCAUUUCUUGACGACACACAAACGGGACUCGGACGGGCGGUACGUCGUCAGAUUGCCGGUUAAAUCCGCAUCGGGGACAUUGGGCGGGUCUUUUCACACAGCUUCUUCCUGUCUCCAUCGACUACAAUGCAAACUCAAUCGGGAUUCAAGCUACAAGGGCCUCUACGACACGUUUCUCGGGGAAUACGAAUCAUUGGGGCACAUGACUCGAGUCUCGGGCAAUCACGCCCCGCUCGGGCCCAUUUACUACUUGCCGCAUCACGGGGUGCUCACCACAAAGUUACGUGUUGUAUUCAACGGGUCGUGCAAUACAGCUUCGGGAAUUUCGCUUAACGACAUUCUGCACACGGGCGCGAAACUGCAGCGGGAUAUUUCGGACGUUCUCUUGUGGGUCAGACGACACCGUUUCGUCUUCGCGACCGACAUCGUUAAGAUGUUCCGGCAAAUUCGGGUUCACGAAAGUGAUUGGGACUUACAACGCAUUUUAUGGGUGGACGAGGGUGGGCGGGUCGUUCCAUUCCAUCUCACCACCUUCACUUACGGUACUCGGUCAGCACCAUUCCUCGCGGGACGGGCCCUGGAUCAACUGGUUACAGACGAGGGCGGGAAAUAUCCCGAAGCUGUCGCCCCUCUUACAAAGGGGCGAUAUGUGGACGAUAUUUACGGCGGUGCUGACCAGCUCGCAGAUCUCAUCACGCAAGCGGAGCAACUCAUCGGGAUUUGUACAGCGGGCUGCUUUCCUCUGGCCAAGUGGCAGAGCAAUCAUCCGGAGCUUCUCACGGCGGUCGGGGCGACCGCAUCAACGGAAAACGCUCGGGAACUAUCGCAUAUCGGGACGGUUUCGGUACCGCGGUUGCUCAACAUCGCGACGGGUACAUCGGUCGAACUACACGGGUUUUCGGAUGCAUCUCAACUAGCAAUGGGCGCAGCUGUGUACGUUCGGGUUUCGGGCGCGGGUAAUCAAACAACGGUCUCACUAGUCUGCGCUAAGACUAAGGUCGCACCGAUCAAACGGCUCACAAUUCCUCGGUUGGAGCUCGCAGCAGCGGUGCUGCUUGCUAAACUCACACACCACGUGCAAAACGUGCUGGGCCUUGAUGACUCACGGGUAUACCUAUGGACGGACUCAAUGGUAACGCUCACUUGGGUCACUUCUCAUCCUUCACGGUGGAAGGAUUUUGUUCGGAAUCGGGUAUCACUGGCACAGGAGCUCGUGCCACGGGCCCAAUGGAGAUUCACACCGGGUCGGGACAAUCCAGCGGAUUGCGCAUCACGGAGGCUAACCAUCUCACAACUCGCGCGACAUUCAUCAUGGUGGGACGGGCCUCACUGGUUAGCAAAAGACUCAUUCCAUUGGCCAACUCAACGCGUCGGGACGGGGAACGCAGCGGCGCUCGAAGAGCGGCCAGGUCUUACACUCUCACUCGCAACAUCACCCUCACCGGUUUACGAUCUCAUCUUGAAAUACUCAUCUCUCACACGGUUGUUGCGAAUCACCUCAUGGCUCUUCAAGGUGAUUACAAACCUGAAAAGAGAGGGCGACGGUACAUCGGGUUCAGCCAACAUCACACCGGGAGACCUGGAGAACUCACGGCUUUAUUGGGUGAAAGCCAUUCAGGGAGCAUACUUCACUUCAGAGCUUAAAACACUCACAUCGGGCUACACUCUCCCGAAAUCGCAUCCGAUCACGCGAUUAACGGGCUUUAUAGAUCAUCAAGGCAUUCUCAGGGUGGGAGGACGGCUGAAGCACUCAGCCUUACAACCUGAUUGCAAGCACUCAGUCAUUCUCCCUCGGGACUCACCACUUACGGCACUUCUCAUCGCUGAUGCCCACGAGCGCACUCUCCACGGCGGGACUCAACUCACUUUGGCUUAUCUACGGCAGAGCUGCUGGAUCAUCGGCGGGCGUGGGCCAGUAUGCUCAUACAUUUUGCGUUGCGUGCGGUGCGUACGCUUCCGGGCGCUCAAGGCACAGCAACUAAUGGGUCAGUUGCCAAUCUCACGGGUUACGCCGGCAAGGCCGUUUCUCUUCUCGGGGGUCGACUACGCGGGGCCAGUUUCACUCAAAAGCUGGCGCGGGCGUGGGAGCAAAUGUCACAAAGGCUGGUUGUGCAUUUUCGUUUGUUUCGCUACCUCCGCUAUGCACCUUGAAGUUGUUACAGAUUUAACCACGGACGGGUUCCUCGCAGCACUCAGACGGUUCACGGGCAGACGCGGGAUUCGGCACACGAUCCAAAGUGAUUGCGGAACCAACUUUCAGGGUGCAGCAGCGGAGCUACGACAAUUAUUCAAAACGGGUACACGGGAAUCCGAACUCAUUCAGCACACUGGGGCAACUGACGGGAUUAAAUGGGUGUUCAACCCACCGGGGGCACCUCAUAUGGGCGGAAAAUGGGAGGCCGCAGUAAAAUCGGUCAAGUAUCAUCUCCGGCGGACGAUUGGGGAUGCCAGUCUCACGUUUGAAGAAUUUACGACUCUUCUCACACAAAUUGAGGGCAUACUCAACUCGCGGCCGUUGGAGCCUCUGUCGGAUGACCCGGAUGAUUAUUCGGUUCUCACCCCUAGGCAUUUUCUCAUCGGGGACACACUCACCUCCAUUCCUGAGCCCUCAUUACGGGAUGUGCCUCAAGGUCGCCUCACACCGGUGGCAAUGGCUCCAGGAACGGGUUCAAUACUACUGGGAGCAUUGGUCAUCGGGAUACCUGCAACGGCAGCAGGCUAUAUCAAAAUGGCAUCAUCCGAGUCACGACAUCCGGGUCGGGUCUAUGGUUCUACUCAUGAACGAAAACACGUCACCCACAAAGUGGCCACGGGCACGGGUCACACAGCUACAUCCGGGAAAGGACGGGCUCAUACGGGUGGUUACUCUCAAAACGGCGACGACCACACUCACCCGGCCUAUCACCAAACUGGCACUCUUGCCAGUGCCUCAACCGUGAUCAAUCGACAGCACUGCUGCCGAUGGCGGGCGGAAUGUCCAGGAUUGAGCGAGGCCUCGACGGUAGCGCGAGAGAAUUCGGGCCGGGCUCUCGCGCUCCGCCGCUGGCGUCGACAGUUCGCGGGUUCGGACGUUUGGGCGCGUGCAAUUAGAGCAGCCGGGUGCUCGUUUCACGCGCUCACGGGGGGCGUCGCCACCUCCUGGGCACGAUGCUUCGCUGUCAGGUUGGAGAGCAAGCGAUAUUUAGCCUUAACAGCCCCGCUAAGAAACGACUGUGACAAUUUGUUCAUAUCGUCGAGAAAACCGUUUAAAGCGGCAACGGCGCAGUCCAUAAGCCGUUGGAUUAGAGUAACAUUAAAACUCAGUGGGGUAGGCGAAAAAUACACACCUCACAGCACAAGGCAUGCGGCAACGUCGACAGCACUAGCCAAAGGUAUAGACUUAAGCAUUAUUAAAUCAACGGCAGGAUAG